AUGUCCCAAAAACGCCCCAACUUCCUCAUCAUCAUCGCCGAUGACCUAGGAUUCAGCGACACAAGUCCAUAUGGCUCCGAGAUCAACACACCGGCUCUUGACGCCCUCGCCCGAGAGGGCCUCCGUAUGACAAACUUCCACACAGCCUCGGCCUGCUCCCCAACCCGCUCCAUGCUCUUCUCCGGCACGGACAACCAUAUUGCCGGACUCGGAUGCAUGUGGGAGCAUAUGCAGAUGCGCAAGGACUACUUCAAAGGUCAACCAGGCUACGAGGGUUAUCUAAACCAUCGUGUUGCAGCCCUGCCCGAGAUCUUGUCUGACGGCGGAUACUUUACCGUUCUGUCGGGCAAGUGGCAUCUUGGGUUGACCAAGGAGUUUGCUCCUUGUUCUCGUGGCUUCAAGAAGAACUUUACCUUCCUGCCGGGCUCAGGCAAUCACCAUGCCUACGAACCACAGCUGGAUGAUGCUGAUAGCUGGUUCUGUGCCUUGUGUACUGAUGGGCAUUGGAUGGAGGGUGACAAGUUCCUCAAUCGCAGAACAGACUUGCCUGAGAAUUUCUUCUCCACUAUCAGUUUUACCGAUAAGCUGUUGAACUUUUUCACAGCUCGGUCAGAAGAAGAAAAGAACCAGCCCUUCUUUGCCUGUUUACCCUUUACAGCCCCUCAUUGGCCGCUUCAAGCCUCUAAAGAGAGGAUCGCAAAGUAUGCUGGCAUGUACGAUGACGGCCCCGAUGCGCUCACCCAGAGACGUCUUGCGCGACUAAAAGAACUCGGCCUCGCCCACAAGGACGCCAAGGUACCUCCUCCUGUCGCAAGCGCCAUGACUCCAGAGUGGAAUGACCUCUCGCCCGACGACAAGAAACGAUCGGCUAAGACGAUGGAGAUUUACGCUGCCAUGGUUGAACAGAUCGACGAAAAUAUUGGACGAGUUGUGGAGUACUUGAAGCAGAGCGGAGAGUUGGAUAACACUUUUAUCCUCUUCAUGUCAGAUAACGGCGCCGAGGGCGCAGCCAUGGAGGCUCUGCCGAUUAUGGGCGGCCCGAGCACGAUGGCAAAUAUCAUCGAAAAGUACUACGACAACAGCACAGAAAAUCUCGGUAACGAAGAUUCGUUCAUCUGGUACGGCCCACGCUGGGCAAAUGCUGGCACUGCUCCAAGCAGGGGCGUCAAAGGUACGACGUUCGAAGGUGGAACCAGAUGCCCCUGCAUUGUUCGCUAUCCUCCCCUACAGCCACAAGCAGGCAGCAUUAGCAACUCGUUUGUUACUGUCAUGGACACGUUACCCACGAUCCUCGAGCUAGCGGGACUUGAACAUCCCGGAAAGACAUACCGCGGCCGCGAAGUUGCACUUCCUCGUGGCAAGACUUGGGUACCACACCUCGCUUCAAAGAAAGCAGAUGAUGUAUCUAUACACGGAGAGGACACACACAUUCACGGCUGGGAACUCUUUGGCCACAGAGCCAUUCGUCAAGGCAAUUGGAAGGCCGUGUGGGAUCCGAAGUUGGAGAACGAGAGAUGGCAGUUGUUCAAUUUGGCAGAAGACCCAAGUGAGCAGCGUGACGUGGCCGAUGCAAACUCGGAGGUUUUGGACAAGUUGGUAUUGUUCUGGGAUCAGUAUGUGGCUGAGACGGGCAUGAUUCCAUCACCAGCCUUUUAA